CACAUGGUGCUCAGUGUAAUGAUUAUUUAUUAAUCAUAUAUACGAUAUCAAUCUGGCUUUAUUCCAUUCACCGAUUGUAGAUUAGUAUCGCGUCACCAAACCAUUAAAGGCCGUUUCCAACAUCGCCUCAACAAAGGUUUCAUCAUCCUUUGCAACGUUCGUCGAGGAAAUUUCCAGAACUAUAUUUAGAUUUUGCAAUCGUCUGCUCGAGAAUUGAUCAUUUCACUACGGAAAGGACACAACCGUAAUGAGGACGCGCUACGGUGUUAGUGAUAGUUAAUUAAUACUAGUUGGAUUACUUAAUGCGAUUUUUUGGAUUAACUUCUUCUCAAAGCUAUGUAUAAACGACCCAUGUCAUCCUUGAGCGAAAGUUCGUGCACCAGUGACCAGCCGCCAUCACCCGCCAGCUUAGACAUGGAUUUCGACGAUCCAAAGCUCACGAGUGCCAUGAUUGAGGCAACCCGCACCAACACGAUGACGCCCAUCAUCAAGCAGGAAAUCCGAUCAGCGAUCCAAAUCAAACGCCUGAAGAAGGGGAAGGAUGAACUCGUGGUUUCCCUUGAACCGAAAUCGGAACGGGAAGUACUCAGUUCCGAAGAUAAGAGGAAGCGACAGCUGCGUAAGGAGAGAAAUAGAGUAGCCGCCCAGAAAUGUCGGAUGAAAAGGAAGGCAAAGGCCGAUGUUCUUGUUGAUGAGUCCAAAGAUCUGGAAUCAAAGAACAAACACUUGUGGAACACAAUCAGUGAGCUGGAAGAAGAGAAGAACAAACUCCUUGAUAUGUUAAAAUGCCACACUCCCUUCUGCCUCGACCCGCCCCUUAUUACGGCAGAUCGUAAUCUCGCUAACACGUUCGCGGCCAACCCGGUGAGGAAGCCUCGUCUGGACUCCAUUGGAACGUGCUCCAGUACGAGCUUCGACACCGAGGGUCCCCUUUCUCCAGACCUGGACGACUCCGAGAGUAGUGAUGAUACGUGUAGUCGAAAUGGCAGUGUCACCACCGGCGAUCAAUACAUACCUCAGGGUAAUUUAUUUGAAACAAUCGACGCAGGGGAUCUCGCUCUAAAUUGGUAAAGUAGUCCAUAUCUAUCAAGACAGUUCAGAAAGUUCAUCAUCAGAGGUAUAUUUUCACUACCUCUGAUAUAUCAUAAAUAUGACAUUAAGCAUCCUGCCACAUCAGGCUUUUGUAUCGUUGAGUGUCUUUAGAAGGCCUGCUAUGGGAGGAUGACAUUCAGGGAGUUCAGUCGAAGAUGCUUUUUUGGGAUUGUGAAUUGCUUUAAAUGUAAAAAAAAUUCAAAUGUUUUAUGAAUAUGCAAACUUCUGCACUUGUGAGCUGCUGUCUCAAACACGGUCUAUCAUAUACGUAUUGUAAUCGAAUGUCGGAAAGGCACCAGUGACUGUAAUCGGACAAAAAUGUCGUCACAUUACAGUUUGGGAUAAAAGUACAGGUACUUGUAGAUACUUAUUUUAACAUGUAUACUUUCCAAUUGUCGAGCUUUACACUAGUGGUAUUCUUGAAAGCAGCAAGACUAUUUUUUCUUAAUUCUAUGAAAGGAACAUUUCGUGUCAAAGUUUUUAUGAAAUGCGUCAGCAAUCAAUAUUGGGCAUUAAAAAUUGUACAGACCUUGGUUCUGCUGUGUCAAAUAUAUUAUGGCUUCUGACAUCAGGACCAAAAGUCAACAAUCUGUAAUCUCACCCUUAGGCAGUUACCACACUGGGCAGCACCAUCAUAUCUCAGGUUUGACACAGCUGACUUCUAGCAGGGCACAGGUGCAGAAGAGGUGUAAUUUGUGUCUCUCAAAUUUUAUCCAUGUUUCAUAUUGUUGUGAAAGUCUGGUCGGGCUCAGCUGUUUAUUUUCUCCGACAUUCCGUCUCUAAAAAUGGGCAUGGCAUUGGCUGUACCCAUUUCAACUCCUAUUCUGAUAUUCUUCCCUAAAGGGGCUUUUGGGGAUACAAUCAGUACUCAACGAAAGCCUGUUAACUAAGACGUUUUCCUUCCUUUGAUGGUGGACGGUGACCUUGGCUGACUGAUGGUUCAGCAAUUCAUAGCUGAAGCUUGACAACAACGAUCCAUGGCAAGGGAUGAGUUAAGUUCUUGGAAUCCUGUGUCAUGCUUCCUUUCCUUCAGUUAGCGUUCAACAUCAGGGUGUUCCCCAGUUACUGUUGAUGGUGCACCAUGGUAACCUAGCUCGCUGAACAAAUAUGAGUCAGAUGGUUGGUGGAAUGAAUGUAACGUGUUUUCAAACCAGAAUCCCGAUCAUAGCCUACAUGGUAAACAUUUACUCUGUGGUGGACUUGUCCUGCUUGUUAUCCUUGUGAUGCUAAGAAACAAACUGGUACUGAGCCUGCACCCUUCAGAGUGUCAUAGUCACAAUGCAUUCUUCAUCAACAAUGGCACAAUAUAGGCUCAGCUCAUCUUGAUGGCUUUCGGAUGAAAGUUUGACUUUUUGUGUUGUGUCAUAACUUUCGUCAUCAGAAUGCAUAAUCAGUAGGGAAUCAAAUACCGGUGCCUGAGUUAAUGUUUAAUUCUUUAAGUUUGAGUCUGCAGAGAAUGUGAUUGCAAAUAUCUCUGGAAAUAUUGCGAAAUUCUUGCUGGCGACUUCCUCUCAGACGAUCCCGUGGCCAAGGUAAAGAGACAUUGUAUGCCUCCCACACGUUGACAUGUUUAAUAAACGAUACGAGUGGAAGUAAAAACUGCUACCUUCACUAUGCCUUCUGGUUCACCAUUAGGAGUAUGACUAAUACAAGUUGAACACCUUUUCUCUGGUAUUUUGCAAUAGUGGCGAACUUGUCCAUCCGAUAAAGCCAAAAUAAACCGUUUCUUAGAAAAAAAUAGCAGAUAUCGAUUAUGAGCAGUUUUUUUAGGUGGACCUAAUAUUUCAUAUAUGAAACCUAGAUGAUAGUGAGGUAUAAACAGUUAGAGGUGAAUGGCAUAAACAUGUCAGUGGGUUAAGCAGGUGACAGUGAGGUAUCUAGAGUGAUAAACAUAUUCUAUCAGACUACAAGAUUCCUUAACAGAUUCCGCGAUAUAGGACUUGUUCCUAUUGCAAUGAAUGUUGCGAAACCACUCAGAUGUGGUUGAUGGAUUCAGCAGACGGAAGUGUGUUCGUAAAACAGUUUGAAAAUCUUAAAAGGUUCAUCGGUGUUGUCAUUCAAUAUUUUCUUCUCCACUUCGGUUUUUUUUCUCCUCAUGUGUUGUCAAAAUUCACAUCGAAUAAAGAUGCAUGCGGGUUCAUGCACUACUUCCAUUGAAUAAGCUUCAUGAUUGACACAUGGAGGCAUGUAGAUUCAGACGACUUCCUUUUGGGUUACCUGCAACGCCACGAUUCAAACUAACGAUGUCAGAUUUCUGAAAGUAAUUUGCCUAUAACAUAUCAUUUUGUUUAAAAAAUAGUAAUUUCGGUUUGAUAUAGAAAUGUAAAUGGAACGUUGGCUCUUUCGCUAACAUAUUGAAACCUUCUAUCUGGUAAUUUGACGAGUGUCGAAAAAAAAGUUCGAGGAUAAUAAUUUUCAAAUUUAUGCUUCCAUGUACCAUGACUUAUUUUUCAUUUAAUUUGUCAGAGUUCUUUAAUGUGAUAUGCCAGUAUAUUAUUUCAUGAUCAUGUUACAUAUGUUUAUAUGGUUAUGUGUGCAUGAUCUGUAUAACAUGUUUCCCCACCUUGCCACUACUUGAAAGAUUUCUUGUUCGUUUUCCCUCUGUAAAUCUGUGGACAGAAUCUCAAAUUUAAAGGAAAUGCUGAAACCAUUAGGGAUCAUCUUCUUCUUCUUCAGCGUUCAACCUGCCUAAGUACUAUAACCUCAGUCCUGUGGCGGAGAGGGAUCAUCUCAAAACUGCUUGAUUAAUGCCAUAUGAUAGAUGAGAUUUUUUCAUAUCGAGGAGGGUGUGGGUCUGCCGUUUAAAUGCCAAAAUUUCGUGUUUUUUUUUUUUUUUUCUUUCCAUUUUUUUUUUCCGAUCAUCCAAAAUAAAAUGUUGAUGCCAAAUACACACCUCACUUUUAGUCUUUUAGAAGGGGGAGAGGAGUUCAGAGAGGGAGAUGAAAAAACUUUGAUAGUGACAUAAAGCAAGUUUGAGGUGAUCCCGUACCUCUAUAAGAUCUUCAUCUUACGGUUACCACCCUGCCUGUGUUCAAUUUGUUUUGUAUGGUAAAUGCGGUUUAAAGGGGGAUUCGACCAGGCGGCAUGGUUUUGAUUGUGCAUUUCUUGUAGCUACGUAGUUGAAUCUUUGAAAACCCCUGGGUAUGGGUUUCCUCAAGGACCAGGAUGGAUGCAACUGUCAUUGAUACAGAAAUCUCAUAUCAAAGCCAUUUUAGUAUGUUCCCCUUUAAUUAGCAACUAUAUAGCAUAGCUUUCACCAAAUAAAAAGUUGUACAUGUAUUUGCUCAACCAGUGUACUUGUGUACUGUCAUGUAAUCAUAUAAGUUUUCGUCUUUCAUGAUACUCUGUGUGCUUGUAAUGUCUGGUGAUGGUUUUAUCAUAUUCUGUGAAAGAAGUAUUAUGUGUAAUUUGUGCCGGUGUAUACAUGUAGACAUGUCCAAAGAUGAUGCUUUAAAAUAUGAUUUGUUCAUCCUCGGGCGACUUGUUUGCCUCCGUUUUCGAAAAGCCACAGGAAUAAGGUGACGGUGAAUUCUCGGUGAAUUAAAUUCUUAGUUACUCUUGGAUGAAAAUGGGAAUUGAUUUAUUGAUCCUUAGUGAUUACUGAACAAUAUUGGCACCGUGAAAAAAAGUCUCUGGGGUAUUUUUUGUAGAACUGUACGGUCUUACAUGUUCGUAAUUUGUAAUAUCAGCUUCUUGUGAUCACUACGCUUUUCAUUGUGAUAUAGAACAAUUCAUAUGUGUUUGUGUGUUCGAGUACUAAUGAUGGGUAGUUUCCUUUAUAAAAUUUAAUCUUUAUGAUAAUCGGUAAUCACGUGUAUAUACAUGGACUGAAUAGCUCUUUGUAUUCGUAGUCAUUCAUUAGGAAGAUCAUGGCGUAUAACAAUUGUGUGGUAGUUUUAGAUGAAUCUCUCAUUUUCACAUCUUCUUCAUCCGAGUUGAGACAAAACGACACAACUCUAAUAGCAUACCAAGGGACCAUUUUGACUUCAGUCUGUAAGACCACUGCCAAAACAUCGACUGUCGUCUGCCUGUAAAUGACAUCAUUAAAAGUAUAUUUCGUCAUCAGUUUGAGUGAAUGAUGUCAUCGAUUUGAGUGAUAUAUAUUUUCAGAGAAAAAGAACAGAGAGAGAACGUUCCAUUUUGUAUACAAUCUUAUAGGGACAGGAACCUAGUUCCAACCGUCAUCUACUUUCAUACCGUAGUGUGACUAUUUUAUACUUUUGUAUCAUCAUCAUUGACUUUCGUAUAUAUGGCCAUUGCGUCAACAUCUGUACAAUGUACUCUCCAGCAAUACGAAUUAACUUCAAAAUACAAUAGAGAAUUGCAUAAUUGUUCGAAUGGAGAGUGGUAAUUAGGUCUAACAAUGGCGGACGACGACAAUGAAAACUAGACGAGUGAGAACAAAAUAUGUAAAUAAAUGACGUCAUGAUUGCAAAUGGCAGAAAUGAUUGUAGUUUAUUAGAAAAGGUGCCGAAAUGUGCAUAAUGACAUAUUAUAGACGCACACAGUACUUUGUAUAAUCAAAGCAAUAACAAAGGUAUCGUGUAAAAAAAUCAGGGAUUCUUGAAGCAGCAUUUGGUGACGAGAUUUCCGAUUGUGUACUACGCAGUCCUGUAUCAUAAAAACUUAGAUGAAUGAACUUAUCACAUGGGUUAUAUUAGCAACCAUGUGGUGAUCAUUUUGAUUACGAUAAUUUGACAGUUGACCCCACAGUAGCCACACUUUCAAGUGUUGCCUGUAUCUCAAUGCGGACUGUAGGCUACUGAGACAGUCACCGACAUCCACAUCUGCAUUUCGGUGGUAUAUACGAGAUCACAGCACUAACUGAGAGGUGAACUUUAUAAAGCAAAUAGUAAGCUUAAUGAAAUAUUUUGUGCUGUAGGACUUUAUGGAUUUGACAUAAAGUAAAGGUUGGUCUUAAUUUCCUCUUUAAUUUGACUUUCUUGUUGUAGCACAUGCAGAUAAAUCGGCGUUCUUCUUCUGACGAACAAGUGACUUACGAACAACGCUGAUAAUUUGGCAUGUUGUGUCAUUAGUUCACACACUUAUUACUUGUUAAAGUGUAGAGGCAUUAUAUUUUCAUAUUAGUUGAUUCAUCUUGGCCAUUAAUGUAAAUAAUCUUCAUGUAAAUAUGUAAAUACUUCAAAUCCUGUUCAAGUAUAUGUGUACUCUUGUAAAUUUCUUAUUGUGUACCUCUUGAAUGCAUCUAUAAGUUUGUUGUGUACAUAUGAAAGUUUAUUGAAAAUAAACUGGUGUCAAAAGUGAA